GGUCUACUACGAGAGCUUAACUGUUACCAGUUCUACCUUGGUGACUGUCCUAUCUAUUUUGAAGAACCGUGCCAUCCCGGAGUGAUAAAGUUCAUUCUGUCGAUAGGAAAGGGCGAUCGCAUCGCCUACUACGACAUAGAUCCAAUCGAACCACGAUUGCCGAGAGAGUUCAACGUUCUAGUCCCACUAAAAAUAGUUGUGCACGGAUAUGGCGGACUAACCGUCGAUUCUGCUUCUGCCAACGUUACCAAGGCAUAUCAAGAUAUAGGAUAUAACGUCAUAAUAGUGGACUGGAAACCGCUCGCCAGUAUCCCCUGUUACGUCACGGCCUACUUCAACACCUGGCACGUGGGGCAGUGCCUCGCUUCGCUGACGGCGAACCUCGUAGCGUCAGGUAUUGGGCCUUAUUUCGUGCACGUGGUCGGGUUCAGCCUAGGGGCGCACGUGGCUGGCUUCGCGGGGAAGAAUCUGAAGGAUGUGCUGGGCUAUUCGUUCAUGAGGAUCACAGGACUGGAUCCAGCUCUCCCGUUUUUCGCUACUCUGAAGAAUGACUGGAAGCUGGACGCUUCAGAUGCCUCGUUCGUGGACGUGAUCCACACCAGUGCCGGAUCCUUCGGGAAAUUGGAGGCGACGGGCCACGUGGACUUCUAUGUGAAUGGAGGAUCGCUGCAGCCCUUCUGCCACAAAGCACCAUAUCCGCCUCUUUGCAGUCACAUUAUGGCUGGUAUUUAUUUUGCAGAAUCUAUCAGAAACCGAAUGAAUCCAUUCAUAGGUGUGAAAUGUGACAACUUUGCCUACUAUUAUUUUGGAUCAUGCAAUUCUGCUGAUACGACCGUAAUGGGUGAAUAUGUACCGUAUAUCGCCAGAGGGUCCUACUACGUGAUCACCACUAAUGAAUCUACAUUUGGAUUGGAUAACAUCUAUCCCAACAAUUUAUAUACCUAA